CUCGCCCUGACUCUCUCUCUCCGAUCGCCCCUUCUUCUUCUUCUUUUUUCUUUUUUCUGUGGAUUUCUAUGCGUUUCCAAUCCGACCCAUUUUAGGCCGCUUCUGUCUUCACCAACGCUAGGAAUCGAGGCUUCUUGGAGGGAUGUGGGUUCUCCACCUCGUUGUCCACGUUGCCAGAGACUGCAAACCGGAGGAGAAUAUCGGGAGUAGAUCGAACUCGCGGUGUCCCUGGCUCUAUGUGUGAGUUGAACCCACGCCCUCUGAGACGCUCACUAUGUUGGCAGUCGAGGCGGCGGCGGCAGCCAAGGAGGUAGGAGUGGGGGCCUCGUAGUGGCACCUCUUGUGCCUACCAAGAGCUUGGCCGGUGGGGAAGCUCUUGUGGCAGAUCAAGCACUCGCGCACCUUCCCGGACAUACCAGAGGAGGUGGUCACCGCGGCCUGACAACAUGGACCUACGUUGGACACGUGGUGCAAUUUGAGUUGCCUUCUUAUUUGCCACGUUGCAGCAUUAGAUGUAGCCAAUUUUUUCUCGUCUUGCCGAAGUUGGUGGUCGGGUGCAGACCGGCAACAAUAGAUGGCGUCGAAGGAGGUCAUGCGCGCAGGACGGCUUAAAAGGUGAAGGGGGCUUCUUCUUCAUCUUCGGCUGGCCAAAAAAAAAAAACGGAAGGAGCCCGAGAGUAAACAGAGAGAGAGAGAGAGCGCUACCUCGCUCGCACCAGGAAGGAAAGGGAGAGACGUCGUUGCUGGAGGCCAGCUCAUUGGUCAUCGUCGGCUGUAGCUCCGGGCUCGAACCAACCAAUGCACCUCGCAUGUUGAUGAAGUGCCUCAAAGAGAAACAGAAGAAGAGAGUGUUGAGACAGAGAGGAAACUCGAUCUGGGCAUUGUUUUGACCAACACGCAGAGGGAGGGAGACAAGGAACGACGAGCAUAGCGAGGAGCAAGGAAGUGAAUGACUAUUCCGGUGAAGUAUUCUCACGAGACUCCCCCGACGAUCGAUUUGUGGCCAUCAUUCUCCGAUAACUAGAAGUUUGGGCUUGGCCGGUGGCCGUGAUCCGUUCCUUUCCAAAGACCAGGUAAGUCAACAGCUCCAGCCACAAAUAAGGAAUAUUUUACGGACAACUCGAUGAAUAUCGUGCACCUAUAAAUACGCACAUUCAUAGCUAGCAAGCAGCCGCUCAGAGAAGUCAGGUCAUUAACCCCUCCAUUAUUAAACCAAUCAUCAUCCCCGAAAAUCAACUUGAAUCAAUCAAGAACCAAACAGAAAUGGAGUAUGGCAAUCUGCUAUUCUUAUUAGCAAUCUCUCUAACAAUCAUCUCAACCACUCACAAGCUCUUGCGCCGAUUAAUCACAAGAACGCCCAAAAAGAACCACCCUCCAAGCCCACCUUCCCUUCCCAUCGUCGGCCACCUCCACCGUCUCCAGAAGCCCCUCCACCGGACCCUCCUCACUCUGUGCCGCACCUAUGGCCCCGUCCUCUCCCUCCGCUUUGGUGUUCGUCCCGUCGUCAUCGUUUCGUCCAUGCCUGCUGCCGAGGAAUGCUUCACCAAGAACGAUGUCGUGCUUGCAAACCGGCCCAAGUUCAUCAUAGGCAAGUACCUCGGGUACAACUACACCACCCUCGUCGGCGCCCCCUACGGUGACCACUGGCGCAACCUCCGCCGCAUCGGUGCUGUCGAGAUCUUCUCCUCGCACCGCCUUGAUGCAUCCCUCGGAAUCCGCAAGGAUGAGGUCAAGCGCCUCGUGAGGAAGCUGCUUGGGUGCCAAAGCAGCGAUGGGUUUGCAAGGGUGGAGAUGGGGGCGGCACUGACGGAGCUGAUGUUCAACGUGAUGAUGAGAAUGAUGGCGGGGAAGAGAUACUACGGGGAGGACGUGAGCGACGUGGAGGAGGCAGCGAUGUUCAGGGACAUCAUCAAGGAGAUCGUGAAGAACUCAGGGAGCUCGUAUGCCGGGGACUUCCUGCCGCCGCUGAGGUGGAUCGAUUACGGUGGGUUCAUGAAGAGGAUGUUCGAGCUUGGGAAGAAGACGGACGGGUUCUUGCAGGGGCUGAUCGAUGAGCAUCGGAAGAAGAAGGAGAGCGAUGAGGAGAAGAAGAGCAUGAUCGAUCACUUGCUGGUGAUGCAGGUGUCGCAGCCGGAGUAUUACACGGACGAGAUCAUCAAGGGAUUCUUGCUGACAUUACUGAUUGCUGGAACUGAUACAUCAUCUAUCACAAUGGAGUGGGCGCUAGCCAAUUUGCUCAACCAUCCUAGCAUCUUAGAAAAGGCAAGAGCAGAGCUAGGCUCCCAAAUCGGCCAAGAUCGCUUGGUAGAUGAAUCAGAUCUUGCAAAGCUACCUUACCUACAGAACAUUAUUGCAGAGACGCUUCGCUUACAUCCACCUGUCCCACUUCUCAUACCCCACUACUCAUCAGAUGACUGCACAAUAGGAGGAUAUGACGUGGCCCGUGACACAAUCGUAAUGAUCAAUGCUUGGGCCAUUCAUCGAGACCCUCAACAAUGGCCCAAUCCGACGGCCUUCAUGCCGGAAAGGUUUGAAAGUGGUGAUGGUCAAAUGGAUAGGUUGAUAUUGCCUUUUGGGAUGGGGAGGAGAGCAUGCCCUGGUGCACCUUUGGCUCAUAAAAUGGUGGGCUUGACUUUGGCUUCGCUCAUUCAAUGCUUUGAGUGGAAGAGGACUGGAGAAGAGGAAGUUGACAUGAGGGAGGGUGAAGGUUUAACAAUGCCCAAGGAUAAGCCAUUGGAAGCAUUGUGCAAGGCACGUGAGAUCAUGAAUAGAAUUCUUUCUUAAUCAUCUAAUGCUGUAUAGGGGAGCAUAUUUACGAGGUGGUUUUCGAUACCAGGUUAUUUUUUUAAUAAUAUAAUAUUGUGCGAGCAUUUGAUG